GCUGGCGGGGCUAGUCGGGACCUCGGGAAACCUCUGACCUCAGGCUUUGGGCGUUUCCUUAUCAGGCUCACAUCUGCCUUAUCUCGUGCUGCGCUUCCCAGCUUCGGCCGCAGCUCUGGAAGUCUUACUUGAGGUCUAAUCCGAGAUCUUCUUGCUGCAGCCCAGUCUAUGGCAUUCUGUAUUUCCACCUUUUAGGUUCAGCUUCUCCCUCUGCCCCCAGAUGGCCCUUCCCUGAACCCUACUCAGCCCCUGCUACCUGGAGGCUGCUUUUCCCAGCCGAGAGAUUCAAGUGGCCCAGCGGGUUCGGUUUGAGGGACGUGCAAGCCCAGGCCUGCACCAUGAGGCCUGACUCCUUGUCCAUACCACCUUCCCAUGGCCUCCGACCCAGGGCCAGGGUCUUACUGAUGUGAUAACACAGCAGAGGGCCUGCAGAUGAAUGGACACCUUGAAGCAGAGGAGCAGCAGGACCAGAGGCCAGAGCAGGAGCUGACCUGGAGCUGGGGCCACAGGCCUAGGAGCGCCCUGGACAGGGUCAAGGCCAUGGCCCCCCCACCGCCACUGCCAUUGACCCCCAGCACCCCACUCCUGCAUGGCGAGUUUGGCUCCUACCCAGCCCGAGGCCCACGCUUCGCCCUCACUCUCACACCACAAGCCCUGCACAUACAACGGCUGCGGCCAAAGCCUGAAGCCCGGCCCCGGGGUGGCCUGGUCCUGCUGGCUGAGGUCUCAGGCUGCUGCACCCUGCGGAGCCGAAGCCCCUCGGACUCAGCAGCCUACUUCUGCAUCUACACCUACCCGAGGGGCCGGCGGGGGGGCCGGCGCAGAGCUGCACGCACCUUCCGGGCCGACGGGGCGGCCACCUACGAGGAGAACCGUGCUGAGGCCCAGCGCUGGGCCACUGCCCUCACGUGUCUGCUCCGCGGACUGCCACUACCUGGGGACGGGGAAAUCACCCCCGACCUUCUGCCAAGGCCUCCCCGAUUGCUCCUAUUGGUCAAUCCCUUUGGGGGGCGGGGCCUGGCCUGGCAGUGGUGUAAGAACCAUGUGCUGCCCAUGAUCUCUGAAGCGGGGCUGUCCUUCAACCUCAUCCAGACAGAACGACAUAACCAUGCCCGGGAGCUGGUCCAGGGGUUGAGCCUGAGCGAGUGGGAUGGCAUCGUCACCGUCUCCGGAGAUGGGCUGCUGUAUGAGGUACUGAAUGGACUCCUAGAACGCCCCGACUGGGAAGAGGCCGUGAAGACCCCCGUGGGCAUCCUCCCCUGUGGCUCGGGCAACGCACUGGCAGGAGCCGUGAACCAGCAUGGGGGGUUUGAGCCGGCCCUGGGCAUUGACCUGCUGCUCAACUGCUCCUUGCUGCUCUGCCGGGGUGGCAGCCACCCGCUGGACCUGCUCUCCGUCACUCUGGCCUCCGGCUCCCGCUGUUUCUCCUUCCUGUCUGUGGCCUGGGGCUUUGUGUCAGAUGUGGACAUCCAGAGCGAGCGUUUCAGGGCCCUGGGCAGUGCUCGCUUCACGCUGGGCACAGUCCUGGGCCUCGCCACACUGCACACCUACCGCGGCCGCCUUUCCUACCUCCCUGCCACGGUGGAGCCCGCCUCACCCGCCCCUGCCCAUGGCCUGCCACGUGCCAAGUCAGAGCUGACCCUAGCCCCCGGCCCAGCUCCACCCGUGGCCCACUCACCCCUGCACCGCUCAGUGUCUGACCUGCCCCUGCCCCUGCCUCUGCCUCAGCCUGCCCUGACCUCCCCUGGCUCACCUGAACCCCUGCCCAUCCUGUCCCUCAACGGUGGGGGCCCAGAGCUGGCUGGGGACUGGGGUGGGGCCGGGGAUGCUCCACUGUCCCCAGACCCACUGCUGCCCUCGCCGCCUGGCUCCCCCAAGGCAGCUCAACUCUCACCCAUCACCGAGGGGGCCUCAGAAAUGCCAGCAUCCUCUGGGCUCCCACCUCCCACCCCUGAUGCCCGGGUAGCCAUCUCUGCUGGGGGCCCACCUGACCACCUGCUCCCUCCUCUAGGCGCUCCACUACCCCCAGGCUGGGUGACAAUGGAGGGGGACUUUGUGCUUAUUUUGGCCAUCUCACCCAGUCACCUGGGGGCUGACCUAGUGGCAGCGCCCCACGCGCGCUUUGACGACGGCCUGGUGCACCUGUGCUGGGUGCGCGGUGGCAUCUCACGUGCGGCGCUCCUGCGCCUGUUUCUGGCCAUGGAGCGCGGUAGCCACUUCAGCCUGGGCUGUCCGCAGCUGGGCUACGCUGCGGCUCGUGCCUUCCGCCUUGAGCCGCUCACGCCCCGCGGCGUGCUCACGGUGGACGGGGAGCAGGUGGAGUAUGGGCCAUUGCAGGCGCAGGUGCAUCCCGGCCUCGGUACUCUGCUCACGGGUCCUUCAGGCUGCCCUGGGCGGGAGCCUUAACUCCAACCAAGCUUGGAACUCGCCCGGAGCGGGGCUUACAUUCCUGAGGGGGCGGAGCCUGAGCUAGGGGUCGUGGUGUGGCUGCUAGAGUCAGGGCGGAGGCUACAGUGGUCCUGCCUGGUCUCAGGAUUGCGCCCUACCCUAGGGGACCAGAGGUGAUGCUGGAGGAUGUCCCGAAUUCCGGGGGUUGGGGUCCUGACGGUCACGGAGAAAUGGGCUCGCCCCAAGGGUAGUGCCUGAUCAACGAGGGCGGGUUCUCCAGACCCUCGAGAACGGCUCGUAGAAAGCCAGGUCGGCUGAGGGCGGAGCCUGUCUUAACGCGUAGUCCAGUGACGUGACCUGGAAUGUACGGGCUGGGGAGGCCUUAGAUAACCGGCCCCGUCUACUCCGGUGUCUCCACCAAGCUGGCCAAUCAGCCCAGGAGGGGCAAGUUCCCCGGGCGGCGCUCCGAUUUGCACUAAUGUCCCUCCCCCCGUGGGUGGGGGCGGGGAAGUUCGUUUCCUCCGUCUUCUGUGCGUCCCCCAGCCCCAAUCUUCAAAGCAAUUGAAAAGGUCUAUGCAAUAAAGGUAGUGGCUUCAUUCCUCUCA